AUGGAUAAACUUGCGGACUACAUGAAAAUAUGUUUUCUUGCUUUGUACAACUCCAUUAAUGAAAUUGCAUUUGAUAGUCUUAAGGAGGAAGAGCUUCACAUCACUCCUUACCUGAAGAAAGCGUGGGCGGAUUUAUGUAAAUCGUACUUACUGGAGGCUAAAUGGUAUCACAGUGGGUAUACACCAAGUGUAGAAGAAUAUUCGGAUAAUGCAUGGGUUUCCAUAUCUGCACCACUGCUAUUAGUCCAUGCAUAUUUUGCUGUCCCAAAUCACAUUACGAAGGAGGCUUCAGAAUGCAUAUUAGAUUAUCCUAAUAUUGUUAAAUGGUCGUCCCUGAUUACAAGACUUGCAGAUGAUUUAGGAACAUCAAAGCAUGAACAAAGAGAGGUGAUAAUCCUAAAUCAAUUGAAUGUUAUAUGCAUGAAAGUGGAGCUUCCGAAGCAGCAGCUCGUGAACAUAUACAUUAUUUGA